AUGGCCAGCCGAAUGUCCAUGUACUCGAUGGCUUCAGAGGCACUGGGUGGUGGUCCUCAAGCCGCCCAGGUGUCUACCACAACUCUCCUGAACGCCAUCCACAACAUCUACCUGUCUUCUCAGCCCUAUCAACUCGAUACCAGCACCAGUCUAGUUGUCAAUACAUGGCUUACAGCUGCUCAGGCUGGGGCUACUGUUGAUGCUACUCUCGCUGCUCGAGCAUGGGAACAUGCUAGACGCCGUGCUGAGGACGGCUGUGUGAUCUUGGGAUCACUUCACCAGUCGACUCCUUCAUUGCUCGUUCCUUUCCUCAACACUUUCCCCUUCGCCAUUCCUGCUUCCAUCUAUAAGUCUCUGGAAGCUUUACAACCGUUCCUCCGAUGUGUUACUCCCUACAAUGCUUCCGCUCCACGACAGAUCGCUCUCGGCGUUACACUGACCUUGAGUUUGGGAGGAAAUGUUACAGGCGCGUCGCUCGCUUUAUCUCAAGGUGGCAUUGACACUGAGAACGGAUUGCUCAAUAUCCCCGCCGAGGCUGGCUACCGUGCAUUUGAUGUCUUUUAUUACCUCCUUACAUCAGCAUCGACACCCGCCGAACGAGAAUUCCUAGGCCUCAAAUCCCCUUCAGCGUAUGCUCUACUGGCUCGCUCCGGCACCUAUGAGCCGCCUUCCUACCUGAUCACCGCCGACGAUGGUGCUGCGGCCGAUGACUUCCGCCAAGCUCUGAAAGAGAUUGGCAUCAAGGGUUCUGCCCACCGUAACUUCAUUUCCACGCUUGCCGGUCUGCUCAAGCUCGGGAACACUCUCGACUACGAUGCCGACUCAGACGAUUUUGAGGAGAUUUGCGAGGAUGUCAGUGGUCUUCUUGGCAUGGAACCAGAGGUGCUCAUGCAGCAACUGAGCACUGAAGACCGUCGAACACUCGUUGGUGGUUUGUACGAGGCUCUUGUCGACUGGGUGAUUUCAAAGGCCAACAGUGCUAUUGCUGCUCAGAUGCUUCGCAUUCGAGAUGGUGACGAGUCCAUCGAUGGCCGCGGUGUGCGUACUCCCACCUCUAACGAGGAUGGUGAUACCGUCUCAAUCACUGUUGUGGAAGUCCCCGAGCCUUCUAUCGGCCGGGCUCUAGCUAUGCGUACUAUUUUCGAUGAUACUAUUGGAAUCAACGCUGAGAUGAUUGAGGAUGGUGUUGAGGUCCACCCCGUUGGAUCUUCUGUGGUUCGUGAGAUGCAGCAAGCCGUUUCUGAUGUCGCACCUGAUCUGGGCAUCAUGACUGGCCCCCAGGGAAGGGACCGCCAACAUGAUCUCGAGAAGCGGGAGGUCAUUCUGGAAAAGGUUGCAUACGGAUCUGAAGAUGACAGUUUUGUGAAGAAGCUGUUGUUUCCUGUCGAGGGUGAAGGAAUCAGCCUUGGUCGCGCAGGUCGUUUCGAUCUGCCUGCACUUCUGAGCGCCAGCCGUACUUGGUUCCAUCUUUCGCUCCAUCCUACGGAUGACUCGCCUGCCAACUUGGCUACUCUCCCUGCCAUUACUUCGGCAUGGUCAGCUGGCACAGUCUCCCGCCAGCUUCGCUCAUGGAGACUUCCCGAGUGGGCUAACCGCCGUAACCGCAACCUUGAUUACACAGCUGACUUCGACGUCGACGAAUUCGUUGGCCGAUACGGCGCUCUCGGUUGCAAGGAUGGCAAAGACGGCAUCGAGACCUGGAUGCUCGAGAGAGGAUGGAGCAAUGGCGAAGUCUUCAUUGGCAAGGAGCGAAUCUGGGUUCGCGAAGGUCCUUGGUGGGAGGCAGAGACCAUGCUUGAUAUCAAGCCCGCUCACAGUCUUCAGAGCGUGGGCCAAAAUCCUUUCACCUCUGGCUUUGACACAAGUUAUUCGGCUAACCCUCCCAAUGGCAGCGGUUUCUUCCCCCCCCCUGCCAUGGACAACAGCUUGAAUGGAAGCAAUGAUCAGCUGAUGCACACUCGCAACUUCAGCCAAGGCAACAUGAGCCAGGUUACCUUGAACCAGCAUCAGAAUCUCAACCCCCAAUCAGCACCCUCAAUUGCCCCCUCAGCUAUGCGCAACGUCCAGACCACUGGUGAUUACGGUCUCGGUACCAAGGGUGACACAUACAAGGGCCAAGUCUAUUAUAAUGAGGAUGGUGAAUUCACCGGAAUCUUAGAUGGUGAACUUGCCAAGAACAAGAAGAUCGAGUCCAAGCCUUUGCCUUUCGGUCGUCGAGCAUGGAUUGCUCUGGUUUGGGCCCUGACUUUCUGGAUUCCUUCGCCUCUGCUCAAGUUCAUUGGCCGUAUGCGACGACCCGAUGUUCGCAUGGCUUGGCGUGAGAAGUUCGUUCUCUUCUUCCUGAUUAUUCUUAUUAAUGGCAUGGUCGUUUUCUGGAUUAUCGGUUUCGGAAAGCUUUUGUGCCCCAAUGCAAACAAGGCAUGGAAUGUCAAGGAGGUUGCUAGUCACGCAGAGGACGAAAAGGCCUUCUGGGUGGCCAUUCACGGAAAGGUCUACGACAUCACCGAUUUCUGGCAACAACAGCACAGUGAUACCAGUAUCAAGGUCACGAAGUCCAACAUGCUACCUCUUUCUGGUAUGGUCAUGGAUGACUACUUCAUGCCUCCCCUGAACACGGCCUGCAGAGGCCUUGGGAUCAAGGAGACGACUCAGCUCACCUUCAACGACACCAUCACCAAUCCCCUGGCCCAGCACACUUCCGGCUUUUAUACCCGUGAUCGUACCAGUGCGCUUCAUGAUCCCUACUGGUACUGGAAGAAGUUCCAGCCCAAGAUCAAGGAAUACUACCAUGGCAAUCUUGUUUGGAAGAAGAGCAAGGUCAAGAACGAGGGUGAAAAUGAACAACACAUGUGGGCUACCUAUGGCAACGAGGUGUAUGAUCUCACUGAUUACUUACAUACCCUCGACGUCAACGACAACUUCGAUUCGUACAAGUUCCUUAACGAAGACAUGGUAGACCUUUGGAAGAACAGCCCUGGAACCAACAUCAAGAAGGAUCUCGAUCUGCUCAUCGCCAACGCAAAGAACGAGACUGUCAGUGCCAACCUUAAGAACAGUUGGCAGUGCAUUCAAAAUAUUGCGUAUAAGGGUAUCCUUGAUUUCCGUGAUUCACCACGAUGCCAGGUCAACAACUACCUUCUUCUGGCUUUCGCUGUCAUCAUUUGCAUCGUCACCGCCGUCAAGUUCCUUGCUGCCCUUCAAUUCGGAUCCAAGCGACGUCCCUCACCCCAGGAUAAGUUUGUCAUCUGCCAAGUGCCUGUCUACACCGAGGGUGAAGAUUCUCUUCGAAAGGCUCUCGAUUCAUUGACUGCCCUCCAGUACGAUAACAAGCGCAAGCUCAUCUGUGUCAUUUGCGAUGGUGUCGUCGUUGGUCAAGGUAAUGAUCGUCCCACUCCCAAGAUCGUUCUCGACAUUCUUGGUGUUGAUCCCAAGGUUGAUCCUCCUGCGCUCCCUUUCAAGUCCGUCGGCUCUAGCAGUGAGCAACUCAACUACGGCAAGGUUUACUCUGGCCUCUACGAGUUUGAGGGCAACGUUGUUCCCUACAUCGUCGUCGUCAAAGUUGGAAAGGAGUCUGAGCAGUCAAAGGCCAAGCCUGGUAACCGUGGCAAGCGUGAUUCUCAGAUUCUCCUAAUGAGCUUCCUCAACCGUGUCCAUCACCGAUCACCCAUGUCUCCCCUCGAGCUUGAAAUGUUCCAUCAGGUUAACAAUAUCAUUGGUGUGGAUCCUGAGCUUUAUGAGUACCUUCUCAUGGUCGAUGCCGAUACCUGUGUCGAGGAAGACUCGCUCAACCGUCUUGUUGCUGCUUGUGCCCACAACGCCAAGAUUGCUGGUAUUUGUGGUGAAACUACCCUGGAGAACGACGAAAAGACUUGGUGGACUAUGAUCCAGGUUUACGAAUACUUCAUCUCUCAUCAUCUUGCAAAGGCCUUCGAAUCUCUGUUUGGUAGCGUUACUUGUUUGCCUGGAUGUUUCACCAUGUACCGUCUCCGAAGUGUUGACAAGGGCAAGCCUCUCAUCAUUUCUGAUGCUGUUAUCAAGGACUACAGUGUUUGUGAUGUGGACACCCUCCACAAGAAGAACCUUCUGUCUCUGGGCGAGGAUCGUUAUCUUACCACCCUGAUGACCAAGUACUUCCCUGAGAUGUCCUACAAGUUCAUUCCCGAUGCCCAGUGUAAGACUGCUGCCCCCGAGUCAUGGAGUGUUCUGUUGUCUCAACGUCGACGAUGGAUUAACUCGACCAUUCACAAUCUUGUUGAACUUAUGCAACUGAAGGAGCUCUGUGGUUUCUGCUGUUUCAGUAUGCGCUUCGUUGUGUUUAUUGAUCUUUGUGGUACCAUCAUUCUCCCCUCGACCUGCGUCUACAUUGGUUACCUUAUCUACAUUCUGGCUACCGGCUCUGGACCCAUUCCAUACAUCUCAAUUGCUAUGAUUGCUGCUGUUUAUGGUCUCCAGGCCCUUAUCUUUAUUCUCAAGAGGCAGUGGCAGCACAUUGGAUGGAUGAUUAUUUACCUCCUUGCUUUCCCCAUCUACUCCUUCAUCCUUCCCCUUUACUCUUUCUGGAACCAGGAUAACUUCUCGUGGGGUAACACCCGUAUCGUCAUUGGAGAGAAGGGCAACAAGCAGGUCGUCGCUGUUGAUGAUGAAGGCUUCGACCCUCGCUCUAUUCCUCUGCAGCGUUGGGAUGACUACGCUCUAGCUAAUAACCUUCCUGGACGUCGUGGUGGAUACCAAGAGAAGACCGACUAUUCCUAUGGUGACAACUAUGAACUUGAUGAGAUCAAGUCUGUGUACUCUGCUGGGCCUCAGGGCUCUGUCUUGACUGGCAUGCCUGGCCGUAACACCUACAUGCCUCCUCAGUCUCCCGCCUUCAACAACGGUCGCACAUCAACCAUGGGCUUCCAAGAUUCUCCCAUGCAGCAUCGACAGUCUAUGAUGUCUAUGGGCACAGGUGUUCAUGAUAUGCGCAGCCAGUCGCCAUACCAGGACUACCCUGGCCAACAUCCCAGCGUGGGUAACCUCCGUGGUCAGGCCAAUCUUUCGCCCGCCACUGGCGGUGGACAUAGCCGAUCUGGCACUGCUCUGGGCUUCAGCAGUGGUGCUCGAUCUCCCAUGCCGGAUGCCAUGCGAUCGCAGUCAUCGUUCGACUUCCAGCAUGGCCACGCUGGGCCCAACGACAUGGCUAUCGUAGAGUCUAUCCGCUCAGUUCUGUGCGAGGUUGACCUGGACACUGUGACCAAGAAGCAAGUCCGCGCUCUAGUAGAGCAGCGUCUUCAGACCGAGCUUGUUGGUGAACGCCGAACAUUUAUGGAUCGACAGAUCGACCAUGAGCUGGAGAACAUGUAA